AGACUUUCUAUUGGAUAACCAGGAGAAUUGUUGUCAAUUUACUUUACUUUCCAUUGAAAAAGGUGUUUAAUACUAAUUUUUAAUAAUAUUCUGAAAUUUUCCUACAGAUGUUAUGGUUGCCCAUUUCGAUUUAUGUACCCGCUCUCACUUUCAAUCAAGUUACGGGCAUCAAUUUGUAUACCAUCAUACCGGUAGUAUGUUUGGUCUGCACAAUUUAUACCUGCAUAGGAGGCAUUAAGGGUGUAAUAUGGACAGAUGUCUUACAGGGUUUCAUUAUGGUGGGUUCUUUGGCAUUUGUAUCCGUUAAAGGAACCAUAGAUGUGGGUGGGUUGGGUACAGUGUAUCAAAGAAAUAUGGAAAGUGGCAGAUUAGUGGCACCAGAAUGGACUUUUGAUCCUACUGUACGUAUGGGUUUCUUUGCUGUUUUUGUUGGAGGCACCUUAUUAAAACUGCAGGGUACUUGCAUUAAUCAACCCGCUGUGCAACGCUUUUUAUCUCUGGGCAAUAUGGCGGAUGUUAAGAAGUCUUUAUAUGCUUUUAUAAUUGGUUUGGUGUGUCUAUUGGGUCUUUGUAUUUAUUUGGGUCUUUUGGCUUUUGCUUCAUAUUACGACUGUGAUCCCAUUUCAACAGGGUUGGUUCAUGCCAAAGAUCAAAUUGUUCCAUUGUAUGUCAUGCAAAUUGCUGGUGCAUUUCCGGGAAUAGCUGGCCUUUUUGUAUCGGGUGUAUUCAGUGCUGCUCUUAGUUCCUUAUCCACUUGUUUGAAUUCUUUAUCGGGUGUUGUGUUAAAAGAUUUUGUGGAACCCUAUCGCAGUCAACCUUUUACCGAAAGACAAACGGCUAUUUUCCUAAGAGCAGUGGUUUUGAUAUUCGGUGUCUCAGCCAUGGGUUUGGUAAAAAUUGUAGAGAAAUUGGGUAUGGUCAUGCAGUUGUCGGCUACGGUUAACUCCAUUUCCAUAGGACCUAUAUUGGGCAUAUUUACUGUUGGUAUGACCAUGCCUUUUGUCAAAGCCAAGAGCGUUCUUACCGGUUGCAUUACCUCAGCCUUAUUUAUGGCAUAUAUAGCUAUACGUUCACAAAUUGAUAGUGCCAUGGGUGUUUUAAAAUUUCCCACUAAACCCGUGUCUAUAGAGGGAUGUACAUAUGAAUUUGAGGCUUUAAAUAAAACUAUCUUAAGUACCACAGAACCUUCUUCCGGAAGCGCUCCCUUGCAUCAUGUUUCCUUUUUGUGGUAUAGCGCUAUUGGAGCUGUAAUAACUAUUUCCGUGUCUCUUUUGUCUACUCUCUUUUAUGGACGUCAGGACUCUAGUGAAGUUGAUCCAAAAUUAAUUACUCCGGUUUUGAGGAAAUAUAUGAACAAAUAUAAAUACAGCAGUGUGGCCAUGAAUAUGAAUGAUAUUCAAGCGGAUUUAGAGAAACCUUUAAGUAAUGGUUGCAAGGAUGAAAAUUUUUAAAUCUAAGAAAAAUUAGGCUUAUUAGUAGAAAUUUUUCGCAUAUUUUAUGAUAGAAAAUUUUACUUAUAUUUAAAUAGUGUUAAAUUUAGAAAAAUUCUGUUGUACAAAUUUUGUAUUUUAUUAAGGGGUAAAUAAAGGUGUUUUUGGGAUU